GCAACAUUGCAUUAUCCUGCUGUCACCCUGUCAAAAUCGAAGUUUUGAUUCGGCUGUUUCUUUCUUGAUAUUUUUCAGUUUUUCAGAUUAUUCUACCCUUAUGUGAUUGAUAUCUCAGUCCAGAUGAGGUAAUCGAGGUUGAGGAGUAAUCUAGUAUAUUGAAAUGUUAAUAUGAUUCCGUUGAAAGACAACCAAGAUGUGGCGAGUUUCCUCGUCACCAAGCACUCGUGGAAGGGGAAGUACAAGAGGGUGUUCUCGGUGGGCACCCACGGGAUCACCACAUACAACCCGGACCGGCUGGAGGUGACAAACCGCUGGCUGUACGCCGACGUGAUCACCGUCGCGUCCGCCAAACAUUCCAACUCCGCCCUCAACCAUGACUUCACACUGGUCAUGAAGAAAGAUAAGAAAGUGGACUCCAUGAAGUUUUCAUCAGAACAUAAAUGUCUGAUUUUAACUGAAGCUUUCAAGUACAGGCACCUGUUUGCUGAGAAACCAAAGGAUAUAUUUAGAUUCCAGGCAUACAAACACCACUGGAGUGGCACAAGACUGCCAGUGGUCCUAGAAGUCAGUCCAUGCUCUCUGGAGCAACUUGACCCCGCCACACAUUCCUUGCUGGCUAGCUACCCGUAUGCUGACAUCCAGGGCAUCCUCCCUGUCAAAGACGUUCCUGGAGGGUUUGUCCUGGCCGUUGGAGGAUACUCUCGGCUGCAUCUGUUCUCCCAUGCCACAGAACACCAAGUGAUAAUAAACAAAAUGCUGGAAAUGGCCAACUUAACGCUCAGUAUUAGUAUCAAGGUUUUGGCUACAGCUACGAUAACAUUGGAGGACUAUCACAACCAAAGAUUUGGGAAAUAUAGCGGAGACCAGCACCAGACGUCGCUGUCCGAGUUCGUGGUGCACAAGGUGUCCCCGGCGCGGCACAUGGAGCCCAUGCGGCGCACGCUCUGCCUGUCCGACACAUGCCUGCUGGAGCGCGACCCGCAGACUUACUCUGUGGUGUGCCUGCGGCCGCUGAGCGACGUGUUCGCGCUGGUGCGGGACCCGGAGCACCCGCAGCGGUUCUCCAUCGAGUACCUCAACGGACAGACCAGGACUUACUUGGCUGGGGAAAGAGACGCGCUGCUAGCCAGCCUGAUGGACGGCGUGCGGUCGGCGGGGCAGCGCGACGUGCACGCGCGCAGCACGCCCAGCCAGCGCGCGCUGCGCCUCGGCCCGCUCAUGCAGAGCGUGGACGAGGAGACAGAGUCCAACCACCUCAGAUUAUUUCAAAACCCGGUGGGCAUGUCUCGCGUGGAGGUGAUCGACCGGUUCAACGCCAACGUCGGCUACAGCGGGCUCAUCUACUCCGUCAGCCAAGACCGUCUGUUUGCGGAGAACAAAGAGAAGUUGAUCACGGGAGCUCUCUCGGCGCUAGUAAACAGUGCCCCCAGUACCGCGCUGACUUCACGCGAGUUGGAAGCACAGUUCCACGCGUUAAGGCGGCUGUGUGCCAGCAAAGUGGGGUUCGCUGCUUUCACUGCUUUGCCCGGUUUUCGCGAGUGGAUCGGCACAUCAGUCGUAGCCGCCCUCCGGCGGGACGACGCGGCCUGCUCCCACGCCGCCCUCGACGCAGUUUGCGCGCUCAUGCAGCCCAUGCACAGCGAGCCCGAGCUGCGCCAGGAGCAGCUCAACAAGGCGUCCAUGCUGAGCAGCCAGCCCUUCCUGGAGGGGCUGCUGCACAUGUGGGCCCAGCAUACAAUCGCGGGCACUGGCGCGCUAGUAGUGGCGGCCAUGUUGGACCUGCUGACGUUCGCGCUGUGCGUGCCGUACAGCGAGACCACGGACGGGAAGCAGUUCGACCAGCUGCUGGAGAUGGUCGCCGCCAGGGGGCGCGUGCUGUUCAAGCUGUUUGAGCACCCAUCAAUGGCCAUCGUCAAAGGCGCGGGGCUAGUCAUGCGAGCACUAGUCGAAGAAGGCGGCAACGGCGUCGGCACCCGGAUGCAGUCACUAGCACUAGCCGAGGCGGCGUUACCGCGGCACCUAGUGACGGCACUGUACGCGCCCGCGCGCCUGCAGCACCGGCACCUGGCGCGGCACCUGGUGGCGCUGUGGCUGGUGGACCACGCGCCCGCCACCCACUUCAUGAAGAGGAUCAUGCCGUCAGGCCUGCUGUCAUUCCUUGAGUCGACGGAGCUGCCCCCUACAAUUGAAGAACAGACGGAGGAGCGAGACAACCUGCAGCUGGCGCAGGCCACGGUCAAGCGGACCGCGCCACACUGGGAGCCGUUGGAUAGGCAGCUGAAGUACAUUGAGAAACAUAUUGAGCACUACGCGCAACUAGCCCUGCAACACUGGGCUAUGCGCGGCGGGCGCGUGUCACAACGCGAACGGGCGGACGCGAUCAGAGAACGGCCAGUCGUGUUGCGCAGGCGCAGGGAGCGAGUCAAGUCCACGGCCAACUGGCCCAUGUUCUACUACCAGUUUCACAGGGAUCACGCGCUGCCGAACCUUAUAUGGAAUCAUACUACCAGAGAAGAGCUCCGCAACGCGCUCGAGAACGAGCUGCGUUCGUUCGCCUCCGACCGCGAGGUGGCGGGGAACACCCUCAUAUCCUGGAACCACUCCGAGCUGGAGGUGCACUACCAGUGUCUGCAGAACGAGGUCAAGAUCGGCGACUACUACCUGCGCGUGCUGCUGGAGCAGCGGGACAGCGAGGACAGCCCCAUUAGGAAGUCAUACGAGUUCUUCAACGACCUCUACCACCGGUUCCUGUCGACGCCCAAGGUGGAGAUGAAAUGCAUGUGCCUCCAAGCCAUGAGCAUAGUGUACGGACGGUACUAUGAGGAUAUAGGCCCCUUCGCUGAUACCAAGUAUAUUGUGCAGAUGUUGGAUCGGACAUGUGAUAGAAUGGAGAGAGACCGGCUUGUACAGUUCCUAGCUAAGUUAAUAUUACAUAGAAGAAACGUUAGUGAGAUAUUAGAAUGGAAUGGAAUUAGAAUCCUAGUGGAGCUGAUGACGCUAGCCCACUUACACACGUCUCGAGCCACGAUGCCUACUCAAAGCAACGUGAUCGAGGGCGGCGCCAACACCGGCGGCGGGGACCGCGAGUGGUACUACAAUGCGGAGAGGAACAAACCCGUGUCUGUUACUGAGCUAAAAGAGCUCUACGAAAAGGGCGAAAUCACAAACAAGACGAAAUGCUGGGCCAACAGCAUGGAGGGCUGGCGGGCUCUGGGAGCCGUGCCGCAGCUGAAGUGGACCCUGGCAGCACGGGGGACCGCCGUGUGGGACGAGACCGCGCUCGCGGGCACCGUGCUGGACCUGCUGAUCACCGCCGCGCGCUACUACCCGAGCAGAGACGAAGAGGACGCGGUGAUCCGUCCACUGCCCAAGGUCAAGCGACUGCUCUCGGAGCCGGCCUGCCUCGCGCACGUCGUGCAACUGUUGCUGACCUUUGACCCUAUACUUGUGGAGAAGGUGGCGACACUACUCUACGAGGUGAUGCAGGACAACCCGGAGAUCUCGAAGCUGUACCUGACGGGAGUGUUCUACUUCAUGUUGCUGUACACCGGGUCGAACCUGCUGCCCAUAGCCAGGUUCCUGAGAUUGACGCAUAUGAAGCAGGCGUUCAGAGCUGACCAGAGCAGCUCCGACAUCAUGCAGCGCUCGAUCCUGGGCGCCCUAUUGCCCGAGGCGAUGGUGUGCUACCUGGAGAACCACGGCCCGGACAAGUUCGCGCAGAUCUACCUGGGCGAGUACGACACGCCUGAGGCCAUAUGGAACUCUGAGAUGAGACGCAUGCUAAUGAUGAAGAUAUCGGCGCACAUCGGCGAGUUCACCCCGCGCCUCCGGGCCCACAUCGCGGCGCGCUACCCGUACCUGGCCAUCCCGGCCGUGAACUACCCGCAGCUGCAGAGCGAGCUGUUCUGCAACAUGUUCUACUUGCGCCAUCUGUGCGACACGGCCAGGUUCCCGGACUGGCCUAUACCGGAGCCGGUGCAACUCCUAAAAGACGUGCUAGAGGCGUGGCGGCGCGAGGUGGAGAAGAAGCCCCCGUCCAUGUCUCUGGCGGCGGCCUACUCGGCGCUGGGGCUGGGCGCGGGCGCGCACGACGAGGCGGCCGUGAGGAGGGCCUACUACCGCCUCGCGCAGCUGCACCACCCGGAUAAGAACCCGGAGGGACGGGACCGUUUCGAGGAGGUGAACCAAGCCUACGAGUUCCUCUGCAGCCGUACCGCAUGGACGGGCGACGGGCCGAGUACCGACAACAUCGUGCUCAUACUGCGCACGCAGACUAUACUGUUCCAGCGGUAUUCUGACGUGCUAGCCCCGUACAAGUACGCCGGCUACCCUCAACUCCUGCGCACGGUCCGUCUGGAAACAGAAGCGGAGCGUCUGUUCAGCGCGACGGGCAGCGCGCUGCUGCCGGCGGCGUGCGAGCUGGCCCACGCCACCGUGCGCUGCUCCGCGCUUAACGCAGAGCAGCUGGCGCGCGACCAGGGGAUACUGGUCCUGCACGAAGCGAUGACGCGCUGUGUCUCCGUGCUAUCCUCCACAUCAUCACAAGAGACUUUAGCAUCAUCAGUCUGUGCUUACUGCUCGAGAUGCUUCGCCGUAGCAGCGCAGUUCCCCUCGUGUCUGCAAGUCAUGAGCGAGCUGCCACUGUUGUGUGGAAACCUUAUUCCGCUGUUGACUAGACCUAAUCUCGGCGACACAGCCUGCGCCGGCGCCGAGGCGGUGGCAGCCCUAGCCGUCGACCCUGCGUGCCGCGCAGCCCUAGUACAAGCGGGGGCCGUGCACGCUCUCAUACCUCUUGUAUUGAGAUACGAUUAUACGCUGACAGAGAGCGGCGUCGACACCACGCAGGCUAAUACUAAUAAACAGGAGGUGGCCAACACACUGGCCCGGCUCAGCGUGCAAGCACUAGCGGCACUGUACGGGCCACACGACACACGGGGCGCGGAGGAUGUGCGCGUCUGCUCCACGCUGCACACCCUGCUCACCCCCUACCUGUGCCGCCGGCUGCACACCAGCGCCCCGCAUGAGCUCCUCAAAACGCUCACCUCCAACUGGCGAACCCCCUACCUAGUCUGGGACAACAGCGUCCGCGCGGAACUAUCAGCUGCCCUGGAGACAGCCGGUCUGACCGGUGACGUCACGGGGCUGGCGUACUCGGCGCACGAGGGGCUGCUGCCCGUCGGCCACGUGUACCUGCGCAUCUACAACCAGCGCCCCGAUGAACCUAUCGAGAACCCUCAACAGUUCGUGCUGGACCUGCUCCAGUUCAUCUCCGAGCAGACCGCCGCCGACCUCAGCGCGGAGAGGGUGGAACACAUCACCAUGGCGUUGACUGCGCUCUCCAACUGUAUUAUCAAGAAUCCAGGAGUAGAGAUCCAGUGCAUCGGUCAGUUCGGCCUGCUCUUCGGGCUGCUGUCUGCGCGCGCUCACUCGGGCGUUCAACAAGCGGCGUUGGCGGCGGUGCUGGCGGCGUCGGGCAACCGCGCCGUGUUGGAGGAUAUAGCGGCUACGCAUGUGCUCGGUCACCUGCUAGCGCUGGUGGGCACUCGGCCGCCGCCAGAGGGCGCGCUGCCCGCACUCUCCGCGCUGCUGGCCAAUACCAGCCUCGUCAAGGAGGCUUUGGCUAAAGGAGCCGUGAUCUACCUGCUGGACAUAUUCUGCAACAGCAAGGUGCCGGAGACGCGGGAGGCGGCCGUGGAGAUCCUCGCCUGCAUGAUGUCCGACAAACUGCACGGACCUAAGGUGCGCCUCACAAUAUCGCGAUACAUCCCGGCGGUGUUCGCCGAAGCUAUGUGCGCGGGCGCCCCGCAGUCUGUCAUACACAUGAUGGACUCUCGCCACGAGCAUCCAGAACUAGUGUGGAGCGAUGAGGCGAGGGCCACUGUCGCCGCCACCGUCGCAGCGUGCAGAGACAGGCACCAAUCCAAACAGCUGCGCGAUCCGAACGCGCUAUUCGAAGACUCCACCAAUACCCAGAAUGCUCAAUGGACGCCGCCGGGCGAGGUGGCUGUGGGCGGCGUGUACCUACGGCUGUUCCUACAGAACCCUCAGUGGAGUGUGAGGGCUCCCAAGAAGCUGCUGCAAGAGCUGCUGACUGAGACUCUUGCUACGCUGCCUAAGGAUUGUAGUGAGGGUAGCCGCGGCGACGUGUGCGCGCAGGCCCUGGCCGCCCUCCUGCGCACGCGGCCCGCGCUGGCCGACGCGUGCGCGCAGCUGGGCGAGCUGCCGCGCCUGGCGCGCCUGCUGCCCGCCUGCCCGCGCCAGGCGCUGCCCGUGCUCGCCGCCGUGGCCGGCACGCAGUCGUGCGUGACAGCGCUGUCAUCCACGGACGUGAUGGCGGGCGUGCGCGCGGCGGUGAAGUCGUGCCGCGACGUGGCGGGCGUGGCGUGCGAGGCGCUGGCCGCCAUCUUCAGCAGCUCGGCCAACACCGACCGCCUCGUGUCUCAGGCUCUAGAAACGGACCUAAUCGGCGAGCUGCUAUCCCUCCUAGAGUCUGGCCUGGACGGGCAGACGGCCGCUCAGCUAGUGAACGCACUCAAGGCCAUGUCCAGGUCGCAACUGCACGGAGAGAGAGUGAAGAGUGUGCUGUCUCGCUCCCGCGUGUGGGAGCAGUACGCGGCGCAACGGCAUGAUCUGUUUAUCACGUCUACGAAUAAUUGUCAUCAGCUUACAGGGGCCCCACCCUCGGCCGGCUACCUGACAGCGCCGCCGACAAACAUCCAGGCGCAGCCGCCGCCCAUCGACUGACCGCCAUCUUGGCCGCCGCGGCAGACGCAGCUCUGACGUACGUCCCCAUUAUACUUGUUCACGAGAUGUAAUACUGGCUGGUGU